AUGGUACCCAUUCUGCGUAGCCGUUCGAUCCUUCAGGCGUUCGUUGCCACCCGCUAUACCCUGCCCACGUAUACCCAACACUUGACGCCCGUGGCAGGUUCCUCUGUGGCUAGUGUUCUUGGUGCAUACGCGUCUACAUGGCAGUCAUUGCUGGGGCGUCUGUUGGGACAAGAUGCUAUGAGUCAAGGCUUUGCGCUGUCCCCUGCUGGUGUUCGGGCGGCCUUUUCGGACGCGGCCAUCCCUGAGCCCUCGUCGCUAGAGUGGGAUGGAUUGCUCUUGGCUGCGCCCAAGAAGAAGGUGUCGCAUUCGCGGAAGGCCAUGCGUGCCGCCAACAAGGGACUAAAGGACCGUGUUAAUUUGGUUCAUUGCCCGGGCUGUGGUCGUCCUAAGCUCCAGCACCAUCUUUGUGAAAACUGCUUCGGUGACUUGACUCGUGGACUAAAGCAAAAUGGCAGGACAGGUCCAUGA